AUGGCGGAGGCUGGGCCGCUGGUGUGGGUUCGAGGCCCCGGCCCCGGCGGCAAGGCGGUGAGCUGUGGAUCGACUCGGUGCUCUGUGCGCACUCUACUUCUCCGGUACUGUCACGAUCAGGAUGUUCCUGAGGAAUACUUCUUUGUGAAAUGCAAUGGAGCACUUGUCAACAUUAGUGACACUGUGCAGCAUGGAGCUGUUUACAGUCUGGAACCGAGACUCUGCGGUGGAAAAGGAGGUUUUGGCUCUAUGCUCAGAGCCCUCGGCGCGCAGAUUGAGAAGACGACCAAUCGCGAAGCCUGCCGGGACCUCAGUGGACGGAGACUACGAGAUGUCAAUCAUGAAAAAGCAAUGGCUGAGUGGGUCAAGCAGCAGGCUGAGCGAGAGGCUGAAAAAGAGCAGAAACGACUGGAGCGCCUGCAGCGGAAGCUGGCGGAGCCCAAGCACUGCUUCUCCAGCCCCGACUACCAGCAGCAGUGCCAUGAGAUGGCUGAGCGCCUGGAGGAUUCUGUCCUCAAAGGUAUGCAGGCUGCCUCGAGCAAGGUGGUGUCAGCCGAAAUCAAAGAGAGUCGGAAACGGCCAAACAAAUCGAAAGCAAGCAGAGGAGCCCGGGCAGAAAAGAGAAAAUGCUUUUGGUUGGGCAUGGAUGAACUGGAGCAUGUAGAGGGUUCCAGCUCUGAAACCUCAGACGAUGACAGUGAGGAAUCACCUAGCACUUCAGGAUUUGGCUGUCAGCCUCCCAAAACUGGCAGCAAUGCUGUUAAGAAGACAGCUGAAUGUCUCCGUGAUUGUCAUAGGCCUGGGGUGCCCAGGAUUGACUGUGACCAAUCAGGAGAAUUACAGAAAACCCCAGCGAUUGACACUGCACAAGAUACAUCUGAAGACUCGUGUUCUGGGCUGGGUAAGGCCUCUCCUGAAGAGCAGGCAGAAAGGAAGAUGCCUGUGGAAGCCAAGGAGCCCCAGAAGGACAAGGAUAAACUGAGUGACGAGUGCAGAGGAAAGGAAGCCGCCAAGGCUGGACUCAAGGGAGGGGAAGAGACAAAUGAAAUGACUGCUGGGGAGGGAGCUGCACUGGGAGCUCCUGGGCAAGACAGGGAGCACCCUCCCAGCACCAAGCAGGAAGGAACCCUGCCCGGGAGCAUGCAUGUUCAGGGAACCGUGGAUCUGCUGGCUUUCAGCUCUGUUUCAGAAUUGGAGGCGUUGGGUUUGGAUCUGCUCAAGUCAGAACUGAUGGCCCUGGGACUGAAGUGUGGGGGCACCUUGCAAGAGCGGGCAGCGAGACUCUACUCCGUCAGAGGGCUGACCCUGGAGCAGAUCGACCCAGCGUUGUUUGCAAAGCCGUCAAAAGGGAAGAAGAAGUGA